AUGCCCACAACCGCCCUGUCCACUGCCUCGCUGAGCUUUAGGGAGCCAGUCAUCGGCCCGAGCUCAAAGCCGAUUCGGAUUUUCCAUCCGGCCUACGAUAAACCCACGGAAAUCCUACAUGUCGCCACAUACCCGCAUCCGGACGACUCGGACAAUGACACCCACGGCCUACCCCUACGAAUCGUCCUUGUGUUCUGUUUCAUAAUUGCCAACAACAAGAAAGGUCUCCUCCGUGAGAAGGAUUCUGGUUCUGACAUGGGUUCGGGCGACGUCUGGCUUUGUUAUGGGGACUACACGUAUGACCUAGCCGAAUCAGAGACUCCCUACCCGAUCUGCACUACAUUCUCGUCGUGGGCAAUCCCCGUGGAACUCCCUGAAGGGUGGGGGUGGUCCAUGAUGGGCUCAUCAUCCGAACCACCCCCUGCCAGCAAUCAGUCAAAUCUCAGCACCUUGGUGAAAGCGUUGGACAAGGCCUGCCUACUGACAGGGAAGACCUUUGGUCUUGAAACUUGUCACCUCGUUCCCCGGAGCGAGAGAAAAUGGUGGAACUACAACACAAUGAACGCGAAACUCGGCAACAUAGAAGGCAUUGACUCACCGCAAAACUGCAUCUCCCUCCGUGGUGACCUCAACGGUUCCGGAAUGGAUGCCGGUCACUUCAUCUUUGCUCCGUACCGCGGCUAUGGGGUAUGUGUAUGCCUCACCAAUGAGUGUCGGGACGUGGCUAGGGAUCUAAAUCUAUCUCCCCUCCGUUUGAGCGACCGCCUCAAACCCCAUUGCUUUUUUGCUCGGUGUGCAUGGGGCCUUUUCAAGUCUCAAGAGAAAAAUUUGGAGGCAUUGCAGCACGCACAGAAGGUCCCAAUACCUGAAGAGCUUCGAAACAGAUCGAACAUGUCCCAAGCUGGAGGGGCACGCAAGAAAUCUGCAGGAGCUGGGGAUAGAGCUAAGGAGGGAGGAGAUAGAGCUGAGAGAGGACAGGACCAGAUGCAGAUCGACAAUCUGAAAUUUGAUCUUUCGGCGCGGCCAACAGAUGAAGAGCUUGACCAGGACGAAGAGAUCGAAAGGGAGCUCCAAUUGCAGGCUUCAACACCAAACGAGCUUGCCCAGGAACUCUAUCCAGGCUUCUCCAACCUGAAUCGUCUCAAAGUGGCUUAUCUUCCGUCGCUGGAUCAAUUAUCCUAUUUCAAUACACGGAUUGCUCGAGUUGGUGACGAGACGCUCUCGGUUUUACAUCUAGAUGACGGGGAUCAAAUUGAUCGCAAUGAGGCGGUCUCACAAUGGCUUGACCGUGGAGCAUUCGCAUGA